ACUCUACUUUUCCUCUUUCACGAAUAACUCGUAAGCCAUGUCUGGUGAAUCAGCCAACGCAAUUCUAAGAGGCCAAGUUGAUCUAUUGGACUUCAUAGAUUGGUCCGGAGUUGAAUGCCUUAACCAAAAUACUGCUCAUUCUCUGCCCAAUGCUCUUAAACAGGGUUACAGGGAAGAUGAUGGAUUGAAUCUGGAAAGUGAUGCAGAUGAGCAACUUCUGAUUUAUAUUCCUUUCAAUCAAGUCGUUAAACUUCAUUCUUUUGUCAUCAAAGGACCUGAAGAAGAAGGUCCCAAGACUGUGAAACUUUUCUCAAACAGGGAACAUAUGGGAUUUAGUAAUGUCAAUGACUUCCCUGCAAGUGACUCAGCUGUCUUAACCCCAGAAAAUCUCCAGGGAAAACCAGUUGUCUUAAAGUUUGUCAAGUUUCAGAAUGUUCGUAGCUUGACAAUAUUUAUUGAGGACAAUCAGGCGGGUUCUGAUGUUACAAAAGUUCAAAAGAUUGCCCUUUUUGGAACAACGGUUGAAACAACGGACAUGAAGGGCUUGAAGAAGAUCGAAGACGGCCACUGACACUGAGAAGAACGAACGCAAAAAGAAAUGAAUGAAUUAGUGAGAAACUUGUAUGGGUUGUGGCUUGGAAGCAUUGUUUAGCUUUCUCAUUUGCUUUUUCUAAACUUAAAUCGAUUCUGAAGGAUAAAUCAGUUUGAUGCAUGAAGAAAAGUUACAUGGCUUGACCCAUAUUUUUCAUUUUUCAUUUUUUGGGCAAAUUUUACAUUCA